UUAGUGAACUUACUACAGGUGCAGUUUCCAGUUUGUGUAGGGUUAGGUUACAGUGUUCCAUACAGGCAAUUUAAUUUUAAAUUAGUACAAAACUCAAACUGCACGGAACACUGUACCCUCGGUAAACGGAACUAUAGUGUGUUGACCAUUUUAAGACGGGACUUUUAGUGAAUAGAGCUAUACUAACAAAAUAUAUAUUACAUACAACAUUUAUUAAGAGUUAAUUCAUAAUAUAAUGUAUAAAUAAAGAUGUGUGUGCAUUUUAAUGAUGUCUUUUGCCUCUGUGUUCGUUCUGUGGGUGCGCAUGUGAUGGUCAGCAGUCUCUACGCUGUCAGCAUUGUUGUUAGCUGUGGUGAGUUAGCUAGCAUUAGAUUUACCAGAGCUGAUUGGGAGCUGUGAGUGAAAACAAAAUGACAUCUAAACCCACAUGCCUAAUAGUGGCGAGCGCUUCACCUCAAGGAGUGUCUGCGUUGUCCUUCCAGCAGUGUUUCUCUCUCUGUAGUCCUGUUUUUAACCUGCAGACAGCUACACCUGGGGGAAAGAUUAUCGACUUCACUGGUGUUGAUGAAAGCUCUGCUCGAUGGGUUCAGGACUUCAGCGUUAAACCUUAUGCCACUCCUGCCAAGCUGGAGUCCAUUGAUGGUGCCCGCUAUCAGGCUUUACUAAUCCCAGACUGUCCAGGGACUUUAAAAGACCUUGCUCACAGUGGCUCAUUAGCACGCAUCCUCACCCACUUCAUCUCGCAAAAGAAGCCAGUGUGUGCUGUCGGACAGGGAGUUUCUGCACUCUGCUGUGCCACUGAAGGACAGAAAUGGAUAUUUAGUGGAUACAGCCUGACUGGACCUUCUGUGUUUGAGCUGGUGCGCUCCCCAGAUUUUGCCAACCUCCCUCUAAUUGUGGAAGAUUUUGUGAAAGAUAAUGGAGGAUCCUACACGGCCAGCCAAGAAGAUGCACUGCAUGUGGUCUUAGACCGCCACCUAGUAACCGGUCAGAAUAUUCAGUCCACUACAGCUGCAGUAAAUAACCUGAUCCUGCUGUUUAACAGCAGGUGACAGAUGACAGAUGACCCCAUCCUCCUUCAUUAAUGUGCACAGCAGCGUAAUCAAGUAGCAUGUAAACAUUUCGGCAAAACUAUCACUGAUAUUCCUCCAAUUAAAAUCAUUUUGUCUUGAUGUGAACAAAGACAGGAUCAACUUCAAUUUAUAGAACUUGAACUACAAACUAAAACCUAAACCCUCAAAUGUGCAGAAUUAUGAUUGCAAGUUUAAAUAAUCAGUUCUCUGAAAAUUUAUGUCAAAACAGUUUUGAUCAGUUGAGAGUGGAAUUUUUGCAUCAAAUUAAAAUGCUUGUUGGCAAUGUUUUCAAUAUUGUGGGUAUGCUUUAAAUGUACAGUACAUAUCCACAGUAUACAAGCUGAUACUGAGUCAUUCAUUAUAUUCAGUCUUGCUAUUAUCAUGCUAUUAAUGUAAAGAUAUAAAGACAGCAGUGGGAUGCUUGGACUUCUGUGGUCUGUUAUGAUAAAGUGUAACAUCUGCCAUUAAUUUGAUUAGUUGACGUCAACGAGAAGUUGUCAAACAAAAAUACUUUCAUUGAAGUAAUUAGAUGGCUUUUAUUUUUAUUCCGUAGUCAUAUGUACUGAAAUUGUCAAGUAAAUACCAGAAAAUACUUGAAUAUACAGUGCUGUAAAAAAACAGAUUUAUUUUUUUGUGUAUUUGUUUUAUUCGUUUGUUGAAGGAAAAAUGAGACACUCCACUUUUUUUUUUUUUUAAACAUUAAGAUGAUAACUUGCUUUUGUGCUUCAAUUAACUCUUUUGUUGCAAAACACAGUUGCCCAUAAGCUUUAGAUUACAAACUGAUUUUUUUUCAUGUUCUGUUAUGAUCAAAUAAUCUUAUUAUGAAACAAAUAAGCAAAUUAUCCCCACACCAUCACACUACCACCACCAUUUUUGAGUGUUUGUGCAUUUGCUCAACCCUAGGUGUAACAGGGAAACAGCACAUUAACCCAAAAGGUUUAAGAGUCAUGAAGGUGUUUUUUAGCAAAUGUGUGUCCACCUUUGUAUCUUAUCUUCCUCCUAGUUGGCAGUGUUUUUUGAAUUGCAGCUCUCCCAUGGAUAAUGUUUUUGCCCAGUCUCUGUUGGUAAAAUCAUUAACUCUGACCUUAUUCGAGGUAGGACCUGCAUGUUCUGAUAUAUUUCCAAAGAAAGAUGUAUCACCAUUCCUUUUAUAAUAAGAGCUUUAGAAAUGGCUUUGUAACCUUUUCCCAAACUACCACAUUUCUUUUAAUUGUAACAUAGUGUGUUGCUCGUUAAGGCCUACUUUGCUGUCAGUAAUCAAGAUGGGAAGUGUUCAGAUGUUUAUUAACUAUUAACUAUUUGAUAAAAAGGACCAAUUACUUUUUCACACUAUGAUUGUUGUUGAAAAAUCCUUCAAUAAAUAAAAUGUCCAUUUAA